AGGUAAAUUCGCAUGGCGGGAUCGCGGAGUAGAUCACACUGACCUCUUGCUGAAAUUCCUCAUUCUUCAGCUCAGGCCAAGAAGGCUCGGCGACGAUCCAUCCCACCACCGCAGACAUGGCGACCGACGGAGAGCAAGCGGCGCAGAGGUGCGCGGUGGUGACGGGAGCCAACAAGGGGAUAGGGCUGGAGACGGUGAGGCAGCUGGCGUCGCGCGGGGUGACGGUGGUCCUGACGGCGAGGGACGAGGGGAGAGGGGCGGCGGCGGCGGAGAAGCUCCGCCGCGAGCACGGGCUGACGAACGUGGUGUUCCACCAGCUCGACGUGCUGGACCAGAGGAGCGUCGACGCGCUGGCGGACUUCAUCGGAGACCAGUUCGGACGGCUUGAUAUUCUGGUGAACAAUGCAGGAGCAUCAGGAGUCAUAGUUGAUGAAGAUGGGCUGAGGGCAUUGAACAUAGACCCUGCCUCUUGGCUCUCAGGCAAAGUGGCCAAUUUGGUUCAGGGAGCGAUAAAGCACACCUACGAGAGUGCACAACACUGCUUGAACACAAAUUACUAUGGUUGCAAGAGAGUGACUGAGGCACUCCUCCCACUCCUACAGCUCUCAACUUCGGGUGCAAGGAUAGUCAAUGUCUCUUCCCUCAGGAGCGAGCUCAAGAGAAUCCCGAGCGAGAAAACGAGGAACGAACUGGACGACCUGGACACCCUGACCGAGGAGAAGAUCAACGCGGUCAUAAAAAGAUUCUUGCACGAUGUGAGAGAGGAUUCUCUCGAGGCCAAUGGGUGGUCGAUCAUGCUUCCGGCGUACAGCGUCUCGAAGGCCACUUUGAAUGCUUACACCCGAGUUCUCGCCAAGAAGUACCCUCACAUGUGCAUAAAUUGUGUUCAUCCCGGCUACGUCAACACAGACAUAAACUGGCACACGGGGACGAUGACCGUGGAGGAAGGGGCGAGAGGUCCGGUCAAGUUGGCGCUUCUGCCAGAGGGAAGUCCCACCGGCUGUUAUUUCGAUCAAACGGAAAUAGCUGAGUUUUGAAGAGUCGAGCUCUUCGUUUGCUCUUGAUAGCGAAGCUGCCUUUUGCAAUUCCUUUUCCUGCUGUUGGUUCCCAGGUGACUGGCGAAACUUGAUGUCGACUUUUUGCUUCACAUUUGCGGGGUAAUAAUUGGUGCAGGAUUCUGGUUUUAGAUUUCA